AUGGUGGAGAGAUUCAUUGAAGUGUUCAUGGAUGACUUUAGUGUCUUUGGGGAUUCAUUUGAUCAAUGCCUACACCAUUUGGUCCUUGUGCUUCAAAGAUGUGAAGAUUGUAACCUAGUCUUGAAUUGGGAGAAGUGCCACUUCAUGGUGAAUGAGGGAAUUGUUCUUGGGCAUGUGGUGAGUUCAAGAGGAAUGGAAGUUGACAAGGCCAAGGUGGAGCUCAUUUCCAAGUUACCACCUCCACACAAUGUCAAAGCAAUUAGAAGCUUUCUUGGACAUGCCGGUUUCAAUAGAAGGUACAUGAAGGAUUUCUCCAAGAUCUCUAAGCCCCUUUGUGAUUUGCUAGCCAAGGAUGUUCCUUUUGUGUUUGAUGAACAUUGCUUGAAGGCAUUUGAGACAAUCAAGGUGAUGCUCACUCAAGCUCCUAUCAUGAUUGCACCGGAUUGGUCUCUUCCUUUUGAAUUAAUGUGUGAUGCUUCGGAUUAUGCUAUGGGAGCGGUUUUGGCUCAAAGGAAGGAGAAGGACACUUUUCCGGAUGAGCAAUUGUUCAACAUCAAUGUCAAGGAGCUCCUAUGGUUUGCUAAUUUGGUGAACUACCAUGCAAGUGAAGGAAGUACAUUCCAAGUAGAAGCAAUUGCAAGUGCCAAGAAUGAUCACAAUGUUGUUCUCAAGUUCCUCAAGGAGAACAUUUUUCAAAUGUAUGGCACUCCAAGAGCUAUUAUAAGUGAUGGAGGAUACCACUUUCUCAACAAGCAUUUUGAAGUUCUAUGCAAGAAGUAUGACAUCAAGCACAAGGUUGGCACUCCCUACCAUCCCCAAAUAAGUGGUCAAGUUGAAAUCUCAAACCGGGAAAUCAAGAGCAUUUUAGAGAAAGUUGUGGGGAUCACAAGGAAAGAUUGGAGCACCAAACUUGGAGAUGCACUUUGGGCAUACCGGACCGCCUACAAGACUCCACUUGGCAUGUCCCCUUAUCGGUUGGUUUAUGGAAAAGCAUGUCAUUUGCGGGUGGAAUUGGAGCAUAAAGCAUAUUGGGCUAUCAAGAAGUUUAAUUUUGAUCUUGCUAAAGCGGGAGAGAAGAGGAAACUUGAUCUAUGUGAGCUUGACGAAAUUAGAAUGGAGGCAUAUGAGAAUGCCAAGCUAUAUAAGGAGAGAACCAAGGCCUAUCAUGACAAGAAGUUGAUCAAGAAGACAUUUGAGGAAGGGCAACUUGUUCUCCUCUAUAACUCAAGGCUCAAACUCUUUCCGGAAAAGCUUAGAUAA